AUGAAUGCCUUUCCUCUGAAUGGCUCCGCGCAGUCGUCUUCCUUCCCACCGGGCCAGCCCACUUCCGCCCCGAAGAAGGGUAGGACACGGCGAUCUGGCACGGCAUGGACUCGCUCAGGAUGCAUAACCUGCAAAAAAAGACGCAAGGCCUGUGAUAAGACUAAACCAAGUUGCAACAAUUGUCUCAAGCAAGGCCGCACAUGCGAAGGUUAUGGCUCUAUAUGGGUAGAGCCACUAAGUCCAUCGGCGCAGGUAUUCUCACAGACGGAAACUUCAAAGCGCCGACGACUCAGUGCAUCCCCGCCGUCUCAAUUUCCUUCGCCUGAGCCGUCCCCGCCCUCAGAUGCAUGGCUCGAGACUUGUUUAUCUCCUGGGCCGGGGACUUCCUUGGGCUGGUCUAUUCCAUCUUCUCCAUGGGAAUAUGUAUCACUUGAGGCAGCUAUCAGUCCGGCCCAGCAUGCAGAGGAAUACAGUCCUGGUCCGGAUAUUGAUUUGCAUAGUUCUGUUGCGUUGAUUCCACAGCCUCAGGGAUAUAUCAGUCAUCUCUCAACGCACGAGACUCAUUAUCUCCAAUACCACAUGGAGCAGGGAUCUCGACUGCUAGCAAAUCUAGAGAGUCAUGAUAAUCCCCUUCGGUCGAUGUUGAUUCCCAGGGCGAUGUCAUCACCUCUGCUGAUGAAGGCCGUAUGUGCCGUCUCUGCUCUUCAUCUAGCAAAUCGCUCCCACGGCUUUGGGGCACGUACGGCUGCAGUGAAAUACUAUAGUGGAACGCUCAACGGACUCCGCACAGCACUAGAUAAGUGUUCAACGGAGGUGUUCCCCGAUGAUGCCAUGCUAGCAGUCGGUCUACUAUGCAAGUACGAGAUCGUGCGGGGAAGCGUUAAGCAGUGGGUUGUUCAUCUCAAUGCAUUGCAACGUCUGAUCGUUUCACGCGGUGGAUUUGCUUCAAUGGAUCGAGAUGCAGCCGAGUUCCUGCGUGGACUAUUCGUGUAUGCUUAUCACAUGGCCCGGAUCAGCAACCACAACUGUAUCACCUCUACGGAUAUUUCUGUCGACAGUGAUAUCGGUAUCCCAAAAUUGGACAUAUAUAUUGGAUACACAGAGGAACUCCUCAAAUUAUGUGCACGCAUCGCAGAGCUACCUUCCCUCCAAGGUGAUACGUCGGCUCUUCGACUCGGUGUUGCAUCCAUAAACGAAUCCCUCCUCAAUUGGUCUCACACUGCAGCCCCCUUCAUAAUUUCCCAAGGGACAUCACCAGCGACCCUAACUCGGCUUCAGCUCGUAGCUGAAUGUUUCCGCGACGCGGGAUUUAUCUAUCUCCACUCAAUCAUGGAGCGCAUCAGCAGAACCUCAGAAAUCUCUCCCGCCGCCAGCCCUGGUACCAUUGUCAACACCCAGCUAAAGGAGAACCCAUCUCUCUCAGCACACGACUGGGUUCCUCUCAUCUCCACGCCGAAAAAUGUCGCCGUCUACCGCUGUCUUGGCCGCAUUGAAACUUUGCCGCUAGGCGAUCACUGCGAGUACUCGGCGCUCACGUUCCCGCUCUUUAUAUCCGGGUGUGAGAGUGAUGACGUAGCGGACAGAGAGGUUGUGCUUCGUUCUUUGGGCAAGCUACAGGAUAACUUUGGGAUUGGGAAUGUUAGGCGUGCAAAGGAGCUAUUGGGGAUCUUGUGGGCAAGACAAGAUAGUAAUUUUGAUGCUCGGUUUAGUGGGAUGGGUCGGCAGAGAAAUGUGCAUUGGUUAGAUAUUGUUGAGGAGCUGGGAUGGGAAUUGAUUCUUGCCUAG